GCUUGCUUGUGCAUCUCCUUUGCAACUAUGACUGACAAACCUGAUAUGGCUGAGAUUGAGAAAUUUGAUAAGUCGAAACUGAAGAAGACAGAAACGCAAGAGAAAAAUCCACUGCCUUCAAAAGAAACGAUUGAACAGGAGAAGCAAGCAGGCAAAUCGUAAUGAGGCAUGCGCCACCAGAUCGGAAGAGCAUAC